ACGAAAUCAGUCAAUGUCUUGGAGUUGAUGGCGCGAGUACACGCGACACGAGUUGAGUGCGACUGUGACUGCAACUGUGACUGCGACCGUGACAGCGACUGCGACUGCGACGCGUGCGAAACUCAAUGCAAAACAGUGACUUGAAUUGUGGUGAAAACGCGACAGUAACGAAACGCCGUCGCCAGCGUUCGCAACGUUCCACACACCCAAACAAUUGCAUUUUGUUAUCAAUUUUUUUGUGUGCUGUGCCUAAGAGAAUCAAACAAAUUGGAUAAGCGAUAAGUGAAUUUGAAGCAAAUGCUAAAACCAUGUUAAAACUGUUCUCAAACAAGCUAAGAUAUCUCUAAACAACAGUUCCUAAUACAAAUACUUAUACGGAUCAUACAUAUAUAUGCGGAUAUAUACUCGUGCAUAUAUAUCUAGAAAGAGUUAAGAGUAAGCACCACGACGUCGUCGCCCGGGUCAAUAAUGCUGGUGCCGUCGGACAUGAUCGCGGCACAGUCCAAGAUGGUUUAUCAAAUGAACAAAUAUUGCGCGGAUCGGGUGCAGGUGCGCAAGGCGCAGAUACACAAGCAGAUCCAGGAGGUAUGCCGCAUCGUCCAGGACGUCCUCAAGGAGGUGGAGGUGCAGGAGCCGCGCUUCAUCUCAUCGCUGAACGACUACAACGGCCGUUUCGAGGGCCUGGAAGUGAUCUCACCCACAGAGUUCGAAAUCAUCAUCUACCUCAAUCAGAUGGGCGUCCUCAACUUUGUGGACGACGGCACUCUGCCCGGCUGUGCGGUGCUGAAGCUGAGCGACGGACGCAAACGCUCCAUGUCGCUGUGGGUGGAGUUCAUCACAGCGUCCGGCUAUCUGUCGGCGCGCAAGAUACGCUCCAGAUUCCAGACGCUGGUGGCGCAGGCGUGCGACAAGUGCGCCUAUCGCGACAUUGUCAAAAUGAUCGCCGACACCACGGAGGUGAAGCUGCGGAUCAGGGAGCGGAUCAUUGUCCAAAUUACGCCCGCCUUCAAGUGCGCCGGCCUCUGGCCGCGAUCGGCGUCGCACUGGCCGCUGCCCGGCAUACCCUGGCCGCAUCCCAACAUUGUAGCAGAGGUUAAGACUGAGGGCUUCGAUAUGCUUUCCAAGGAGUGCAUCGCACUCCAGGGCAAGAACUCCGCCAUGGAGGGCGAUGCCUGGGUGCUCAGCUUUACGGACGCCGAGAAUCGGCUAUUGCAAGGUGCCAGUCGCCGUCGCUGCCUUAGCAUAUUGAAGACAUUACGUGAUCGUCAUCUGGAUCUGCCCGGCAAUCCCGUGACGUCGUAUCAUCUGAAAACGUUGCUGCUCUACGAAUGCGAGAAGCAUCCGAGGGAAAUGGAGUGGGAGGAGAACUGCAUUGCGGAUCGAAUCAAUGGGAUAUUCCUGCAGCUGAUAUCCUGCCUGCAGUGCCGUCGCUGUCCCCACUAUUUCCUGCCCAACAUGGAUCUCUUCAAGGGCAAGUCUCCGGGCGCCCUCGAGAAUGCUGCGAAGCAGGUCUGGCGCCUGACCCGCAUCAUGCUCACCAAUGUGCGCUGCCUGGAGGAGUUGUAGGGAUGCCAAGAUCUUUGUGAGAUGAUCGUAACAUUGAAAUUUCCCUCUUUCGUGAAUUUUUAGAUUUUCUUUAGUUUUUGUUCUCUUUCAGUGCUCAGUUUAAUUCUAUAGUAAUAAUAAUUAUUAUUUUUUUGUUUUUUGUUGGGAAAUGAGAUUAAAAAAAAAAACACACACACAAAAGGCGCAUCGCAGGGUGGCCCAAGCACACACAAUUAGUUGGUAGUUAAGCGGGGGCUAGGGCUUAGAUGGGGGCUAACGCUCAUAAUUUGAAAAAUUUUAACCCAAAUACUAUUUGAUAUUUUCAUAGAAUACUAAGUUGUUUAGUUCUUAGGUGCUUUCGAAAAGUAUACGCCGCUUAAAGAGUUUCCUAUAUUUAAUUGAUAUACACAAGCCUAUAUAUAUAUAUACAUGUAUACCUACAUAGUUCAUAUUUAAUACAAAUAAUAAAAGCAAGAAAUACGCACAAGCCCAAGUACUUAUAUCAACUAUAUAUAUAUAUAGUCUAUAGUUUUUUUUUUUUUUCUGCAUAAACAUUUUGCCAGGCGGCAAUUAAAAUUAGCUAAAGGAAAUUAGUCUAAGCUAAGAGACAAUUUAGUAAACAAGAGUUGAAAACAGCAGAACUAUAUAUAUAUAAACCU